AUGAUUUAUCGAAUUGCCGCCAGAUAUCCCAUUCAAGUGAUCGCGAUUGUGUGUAUCCUUGUUUCUAUGGCAUACUACUCUUUUCUCGAGACCCUUACACAAGAAGAUUUCCCUGUCUUGCUUCGAGCCUUAAAGCGAUCUGGCAUCUUGGAUGGGGGCCUUGUUUCUGAUCCUUCUGGGUUAGUUUUGAAGCUUUCCAAAGUUGAAUCCCCUGACGGCGUUGCUUCUGUCUGGGAACCUAUCCCCCCGUCUGACCAGCCUCAAGGCAUUCAAAAUGUCGACUUUGACAUCACCCAAUGGUAUCACCCAACUUCAGUAAAUGUGAACGUAGCCCAACUCGCCGAACCUUACCUUCAUGAUUGUCUCUUGAUUGAUUCGCCAUCUGGUACUUGUAAGACGUUCUCAAAAGAAGUCGGUAAUUGGACUGUUUCAAGCAUAGCUAUUCCUGCCAAUAUGGCUAAUCCUCCCAUCGACUACUUCUUAGAUAGCUCUAGUACUGUCGUUCAAAGAGUCCUUCCUACAAUUCGUGAGCACGGCAUUUCUUGGUCUUGGCUCCUCCAGCUAAUCGCUCGCACUUGGAUGAACACUUUGAAAAUAACGAGUCAAGCUUCUAAAAUGGAACUUCUUAUCGUCGGCACCGCCUACGCAUGCAUGUUCAUUUCUGUUAUUUCUGUCUACUUAAAAAUGCGAAGACUGGGCUCUAGAUUUUGGUUAUUCUCCAGUGUUUGCAUGUCUACUUUAUUCUCAGUUCAAUUUGCGAUGUCGUUGAUCCGUUUCUCUGGAGUUCGAAUCAGCCUUGUAUCUUUAAUUGAAAGCAUGCCCUUCUUAAUAAACGUUGUUGCUCUGGACAAGUCGGUGAACCUCACUAGAGCAGUUAUGUCUCGUUGUGCUUCUUCCGACUCUCGUUCUGCCACCCACGAGGAUGUUGCUGAAGCUUGCCGUGAUGCUGCUCCCCCAAUUCUCCGUCAUUUUUCCUUUGGAAUUGUGGUUUUAGCUAUCUUUUCUUAUUGCAACUUUGGUUUAAAGCAGUUCUUUUUAUUUUCCGCUGUUAUGGUCUAUGACCUGCUUUUACUCUUCACUUUUUUCGUGUCUAUCCUCACUCUAAAUUUGGAAAUGUGCAGGUAUAAUGCCAAUGAAAAUGUGAGACGAGUUUUGAUGGAAGAAGGCUUAUCCGAGUCUGUCGCUCGUCGUGUUGCUGAAAAUAAUCAAUUUGCCAAAACAAACAAGAAGGAUACCUUCCAGCCUCUUAGAUGGAUAUACGAACCACGCUUUCUUUUCGUUAUUGCAUUUGUUGUAUUUAAUCUUUUUGAGCUUUGUUCUAUUCCUUUCAAACAUUAUGCAGUAACUUCCGCUGCUGCCGCCAGACUGAUUCCUUUGGUUCGCUCCGAAUAUCCAGAAACCAACACCCAAAGCCUUUUAGAUGACCAUGUUUUUGAUGAAAUUCUCUCUUAUUUGUUUAGCUCUACCCAUAAUAAGGAUGUAAUCUCUGUUAGAAUCUUGCCUUCCGUUUUUUAUGGUACUGACUUAGCUCAGUCGUCUGCCUUAACAACAAUUCACUCUUUUAUACAUAAUUGGACAAAAUCAAUCGGUGGAUCUUUUCUAUCGAAGUGGGUUAUCUUCGGCUUAUCUUUAAGUAUUGGUGCAAAUAUUUUCCUUUUGAAUGCUGCUCGACUAAAUUCCAUGAAAAACGAUGAUGAUAAGAAAGUCGUUGAAAAAGUUGUCGAGGUAGUAAAGUAUUUGCCUGACUCCGAGAACCCUUCCUUUGAAACCGCUGUUGAAAAGAAUAUCAGCACAUUAUCUCGUCCUUUAGAAGAAUGCAUUUCCUUAUAUGGUAACGGACAAGUUUCAUCAUUGAAUGAUGAGGAGGUGAUUCAACUUGUUGUUGCCCGGAAAAUUCCCUUGUAUGCUUUAGAGCGUAUUCUGAAGGACAUUGUUAGAGCAGUAGUCAUUCGCCGCGCAGCUGUUUCUCGCUCUUCAAGAACAAAAACCUUAGAAGCAUCUAAUUGUCCUGUUUAUCACUAUGAUUAUUCAAGAGUACUUAACGCUUGUUGUGAGAAUGUCAUUGGGUAUAUACCUUUACCUCUUGGUGUGGCAGGACCAAUUAUUAUUGAUGGCAAACCGUACUACGUCCCUAUGGCUACUACCGAAGGUGCUUUGGUUGCUUCAACCAUGCGUGGCUGCAAAGCCAUCAAUGCUGGCGGUGGUGCUGUUACUGUGCUAACUCGCGAUGAAAUGUCUCGUGGCCCUUGUAUUGCGUUCCCUAAUUUAACGCGCGCAGGUCGCGCUAAGCUUUGGUUGGAUAGUCCCGAAGGAACUGAAGUUAUAACGAAGGCCUUUAAUUCUACUAGUAGAUUCGCUCGUCUCCAGCGGAUUAAGACUGCUUUGGCUGGAACUCGCUUAUUCAUUCGUUUUUGCACUUCUACAGGUGAUGCUAUGGGCAUGAACAUGAUAUCAAAGGGCGUUGAGCAUGCAUUGACUGUUAUGAGUUCCGAAGCCGGAUUUGAAGAUAUGAACGUUAUCAGCGUAUCCGGAAAUUAUUGCACUGAUAAGAAACCGGCUGCUAUAAACUGGAUCGAUGGACGUGGAAAGAGUGUUAUUGCAGAAGCUAUUAUUCCUGGCGAGGCUGUGAAAUCUAUAUUAAAAACUACUGUUGAAGAUUUAGUCAAGUUGAAUGUUGACAAAAAUCUUAUUGGUAGUGCUAUGGCUGGAAGCGUCGGUGGUUUUAACGCACAUGCCGGAAAUGUUGUGACCGCUAUCUUCCUCGCUACAGGGCAAGAUCCCGCUCAGAACAUUGAAAGUAGCAAUUGUAUCACUCUUAUGGAUAAUGUCGACGGUAAUUUACAGCUUAGCGUUUCCAUGCCUUCCAUUGAGGUCGGAACUAUUGGUGGUGGUACCGUUUUGGAACCCCAGCAAGCUAUGCUUGACCUCCUAGGUGUUAAGGGAGCACACUUAACAUCCCCCGGUGAUAAUGCUCGUCAACUGGCAAAGAUUAUUGCUGCCGGUGUCAUGGCUGGUGAGUUAUCUUUAUGUUCUGCACUUGCAACUGGCCAUUUGGUAAAGUCCCAUAUCGGUCUUAACCGCAGUGCAAUAAACACUCCUGCUGAUUCCAAAGCUUCUCAAUCUUCAAAUGCAUCCAACCAGAAUGUUCCUCACUUAAGUGUUCGUUAG